AUGAUGCCGUUGCCGCAGCAAAGUAGACCCCCCCUCCCACAUGGCAUGGUCGUAGGACAUUGGACUAACCCAAACCCUCCUCCAGGGCCGCCCAACGCGCCUGGGCCGAAACAGCCGGCCACAAGCGCGCAGCCAUCAUGAACAAAUUCGCCGACCUGCUCGAGCGCGACGUCGACCGGCUCGCCAAACUCGAGUCCGCUGCCAUGGGCCAGCCCAUUUCCACCGCGCGCCUCAUGAUCAAGGGCCCCGCCGCCCUCUGGCGCUACUACGCCGGCUACGCGGGCAAAGUCUCCGGCGAGACCUUCCCGCCUGACGAGGACGGCACCUACAAGAUCGUGCAGUACGAGCCGCUCGGCGUGUGCGCCGGCAUUUGCGCGUGGAACGGCACGCACGUCCUCGCGGCGUGGAAGAUGGCGCCGGCUAUGGCGGCGGGCAAUGCGUUUGUGCUCAAGACAUCCGAGAAAUCGCCGUUGGCUGCUUGCGCGUAUGGCGAUUUGCUGAACGAGGCCGGCUUCCCUCCGGGCGUCAUCAAUAUCAUUACCGGCGCAGGACCCGUGGGCUCCCUGUUGGCGAGCCACAUGGAUAUCGCCAAGAUCGCCUUCACCGGCUCUGCGCCCGCUGGCCGCGCAGUCAUGGCUGCCGCCGCGAAAUCCAACCUCAAAAUCGUCUCGCUCGAACUCGGCGGCAAGUCGCCCGCCCUCAUCUUCGACGACGCCGAGCUCGACAACGCCGUGCAAUUCACCUCCACCGGUUUCCUGCGCAACUCCGGCCAAGUCUGCUUCGCCUCCUCGCGCGUGCUCGUGCAGGAGAACAUCGCUUCGCAAUACAUCGAAAAAGUGAAGAAGGCGUUCGAAGACGCCGCGACAAAGAUGGGCGACCCCUCGCUCGACGACACCGCUUUCGGGCCCCUGGCGGACAAGAAGCAGUUUGAGCGCGUCAUGGGCUUCCUCAACGGCGCGCGGGAAGAGGGAGUGCAGGUGCUCGUGGGCGGCGAGCGCAUCGGCAACAAGGGCGCCUACGUCCAGCCUACCGUGCUGCUCACCCCGGAUGUGAAGAGCAAGGUAUACACCGACGAGAUUUUCGGGCCCGUCAUCUCCGUCAAGACGUUCAAGGAUGAGGAGGAGGCGAUUCGGCUUGCGAAUGACACUACGUAUGGUUUGGGAUCGACCAUCUACACCGGCGACAUCGCUCGUGCUCUCCGCGUCGCUGGCAAGAUCGAGGCCGGUACGGUUGGCAUCAACUCCUCCUUCAACACAUCCCCGCAGACGCCCUUCGGCGGCUACAAGCAGAGCGGUAUCGGUCGUGAGAGUGGACCCGAGGGUCUCAAGGCUUACUUGCAGCCCAAGACGAUUCACAUCAAUAUGAAGGCACCGGCGCUGAAGCGGGCGUAAGGGAGUGGGAUUGGAAAAGUCUAGAGUGGAGAAGUCACGCUUGGUCGUGGUCGGGCUUUCCACCAUGACAUGAAGCAGGGACGAUGGAU